CAAAGGUCACUUCCUUAGCCUUUGUAUCCUCUUUAGCUUUAGCUUUGAUACACGUUCUGGUCGAAACAGGACAUAUUACACAAAUAAUAUUGUUCUGAUGUGAAAUCGAACACCGGAAUCUUCUAGCGGACAUGCUAAGCUUUCAAAAGAGGUUGCAGAUCGACUGUAAUUGACAUUUUGUGCGAAAUUUUGUCAAAGAAUGAAAAGGUUAAUAGUGCCAACUGAAUUAGCAUAAGCAGAACGGCAACAGCGGCCUAUAUUUGCACUCACGAUUGUAACUGCUACCGUAUUUAAUGUCAUGUGACAGUGAAAUCUCUUAUCCAGCCCACCAAGGUAUCCUCCUUAAAAAAAAUAAAAUUAUCAAGGUAUCCACUCAAUGUUGGCUACCUAAUCCACAUUUGACUGCAACGUCACCGGAACGAGAAUCCCGCCAAUGUCGAGUCUGCUCACGGUCACGGACGGUAGACUGAGAGUUGCGCAGCAAUACACUGGGAAUAUCCAGCAAAGAAGUGUUUCCAUCCAUAGAUUGUGUUUCCAGUGAGGCGCUGACGCAGGCUAAUGCUAAUGCUUCAGCAACCUGUAACUGGUCCAGAUAAUGUAAAGAGAGCAAACUUCAACAUCUGGAAACUUUCAGCCUCCGUUCCCCUCUCUCCAUCCACCCGCCUCCAGCUCACCUCUCCGGCUUCACUGUCUGAAUACUGACAUGGCGUCGGCCCAAUCAGAGCAGUCCAGCUUCCUGCAACAGGAGCUCACCUGCCCGGUGUGCCUGGACUUGUACCGCGACCCCCACUUGCUACCUUGCGGCCACAACUUCUGCAGGACCUGCCUGUACCGUCUAAAGUGGCAAGCGAACCGAGGUCGCCUCCGCUGCCCAGAGUGCCGCGAUAGCCACCGGUGUGGCACCAACUUUCAGAAAAACUUCAAACUAGCCAAUAUUGCUGAUGACUACCGUCACCACCGCAGAGCCACCACUGCAGCUGCUACAGCUUUGAAAUCCAGAGAGUCGCUGACUUCUUCUCUGCCAACACAGCAGGCCAAGAGUGUGUUUGCUGUUCCAUGUGACUACUGCCCUUCAGUCACCGCAGAGGCAUCAGGCACCUCCGCAGACGGGCCUUCUGUUUCUCAGGAAGGGGGUGACAAGAAGGAAGCUGCUGCUGCUGCGUCAGUGUUUGCAGUCAAGACAUGCCUGAAGUGUGAGGUGUCGAUGUGCCAGGAGCACUUAAAGCCACAUCUGGAGCUGCCGGCGUUUCGCGAGCAUCCGCUGACGGAACCAAUGAAUGACUUCUGGAAGAGGAAGUGCCCGGAUCAUGACGAGAUAUACAGAUACUACUGCAUGGACGACAAGAUGUGUGUGUGCAACGCCUGUACUAUAGAAGGACACUCUGGACACACAAUCAAGACCCUGAGAAACACGAUGAAAGAUCUGAAGUUGCAGGUGACUUUCACACAACAGUCAUUUGUCUUGAAUCAAGUGCUUUCAUCAUGCCGGACCACACCGUCCAUCCAGCGUCCUGUUUGGGGAGGCAUGUCUGCUGUAAAUGAACGACAAUACAAAAGCAUGCCAACCCAUGGGAUUGGGAGGUGGCGGCAUCUUUUACCCAAAGAAGCGCCAAAGAAAAGGAGAGACAAACGUCAGAUCACACCAAUAAAACAGAUCUUAUCUGCGACGGAUACAGCGUAUGGGACUCUGAAUGUGACAGUGUCGGGUUAUGACAUGACAGUGGUGGAGCAUUACUCCCAAUACAUCCACAACCUCUGCAACCGGCUUGGAGUCAAAGUGGCCGACAGCUAUGCUUUGCCAACUAAAACCACAGAGGUCAUGCUAAUGCAAGAGCAAGGAACCAAGAUGUACGUUGACGCCGUCCUAAAGACUCAUAAACGUGUCGUUCAGCUGAGCAGUCUGAACGCUGCAUUGUGUCCUGUCUUCAUGGAAGUUCUUUUGAAGCAUCAACCUGAGGGAGUUCAACUUUCUGUGAAGGAGCACACCGAGGCUGAUUUCCAAGGACGUUUCAAGGCACGUCCAGAGCUGGAGGGGCUUAUGGCUCAGAUAAGCCAGUAGGACCUGUGACAUUCUGACAUUACUGAUAUUCAAAACUGUAUGUGACACGGAUUUUACACCUUGUUAGCAAGGAAUACCUGUUUUCUUGUCAUCUAUUAUUUAUUUUCUGGCAUUCCUGUGCUUCAGGUGAUGGAUCAUUUGCAUUGAAGUAACUGUAUACAUUCAUACAUUCUUUUGUGACCUCUGCAAAAAUAAAACCCAGUAGUUUUUUCCAAACUAAGAAACUGUUUUAUGUAAUGCUUGGGUAUCAGAAAUUCUGUUACUUUAUAGUAAAUGGUAUGUGCAACAAUUAUGUAUACACGCUUAUACUGCUUCAUAUUAAACAUGUAUUCAUUGUACAGUUUAGGUAACCUGCUGCCUACCAAAAAGGCUCUGAGUUAUAUGUGUAUACAGUCUUUUGACUCAAAAUUUGAAGGAUAAGGAUCAAAAUGAUUAUCCUGCAAAGCUGAGACCAAAAAUCUGAAGUACAUGUACAUCUAAAGUGCUUAUUUACAUCUCAA